AUGACUUCCGUGGAAACACGUGAUCAUCAGCUCGACCGCUGGCUUCUGAUGAAAAUCGAGCAUGCAAUCGAGAACCUUGAGGAGCAUAAGCUCAACAACACAGAACUUAAGAAAUGGAACAUUCGCUUCUCCAGCAUGACUCUUGAUCAGAACUCAGACCUCAAGCCCCGCUUCUUCGCACCGAAACCUAACCUCCCGCUACCAAACGAUGAGAUACUCGAUGAGGCCGCUGAACCUGAUAGUGGUGAUGAUGACUAUUAUGCGGCUGCAUACGGCAUGAAUACUUUCUUAGAUUCUUAUGCCUUCAGCCAAGUAGGCCUCUGGAAUGACGGGCCGUGGCGUUCGAUGGACUGUGGUCGAUACAGUACUUAUAAGAGCCUUUGGUUCUAUGGUACUCCAUCACUUGGCCCGUCUCCCGCAUUUGGCGCUUUAACAAUGAUAGAUAGUCCUGGGAAAGAAUAUCCACAUUUUAAAGCAGUCAUAUAUACCGACAUGGAGGCGGAUGACAAAACUUGUUUCCGUUCAGAGGUCUUGAUCAGCCUUCGCCUAAUGUUGGCCCAAUUGAGAAAGGUGCGCCUGAUGCACCAUAAGAUCGCACCGGUUUUGCUUAUCUCGUUGACGGGGAAAAACGCCUCAGGCAAACCAAAACCAAGCAAAGCGCGAUCCUGCGAGGCUUGUCGGCGCUUGAAAACGCGAUGCGAAACCGGCAACUCGGACCGAUGUCAUCGUUGUGAUGUUCUCAGGGUUAGGUGCUCUUUCCAGGCCAUUUCCCGCAGUCACCCGGAACUGAUGCUGGAGGCGGAGGUGGAUUCUGCGACAAGCGGCGACGACUACCAUUCGCGGCUUUGUGCGGUGGAAAACACCUUGAGUCAACUUCAAGCAUCACUAUCUGUCCACAGUGAUGCUGACUGCCGGACUAGACCAGGGGCUCCAUCAACUAUUGAACGAACUGCACGCGAUGCACCCAUGAAUCUUAUCCAAGAGAUCCGACAGAAUAUCACAUUACAUGAACAACCAUCGACCAGCGAUGAUAGCACUGAAGAUAUUAUCAUCAACGGUAUAGUUUCCGAGGAACUUGCUAUCGUGCUUCUGAAAGGAUUCUCGAAAUUAUCCAACCGCUGGUUAUUCAUGAGUACAGACCCCGUCCAGCUACGCACCAAAUCGCCGCUCCUGUUUGGUACCUGUAUUUUGGCAGGUCUCCAUAUCACCCCCUCCUUGUAUGGGUCAUCAACACAUCAAGCUUUGUAUCGCCAUAUUCACGGACUGCUGGGCCAGGCACAUCUUUCUUCCACUGCCUCGCUCGACACAAUACAAUCUAUGUUGAUUUUCUCCAUGUGGGACCUGCGCCCAACUUUGGGCCCUGAUCACGGUACCUCGUGGCUUCUCAGUGGCACGGCGGCUAUGCGGGUGAUCAUGACUACUUCGUUUGGGCAGCUUCUAAAGACAAGCGACGCCGAUAGAAGCGAACGAGCCAGAGCACAAGAAAUAAUGCGCACGUGGAACUUGAUUUGCCUCUGUCAGUUACAAUUUUCCGUGGGCUCUGGUCGUCCACCGAUUAUAUCCAGCCAGUACUUUGACGAAUGUACCAACGUUCUCGAUUUUCCGUCAUACAAUGCACGCGACGAGCUUGUAUUGGCUGGAGUCAGGUUAUACCGACUCCUUUGGGAAAUCCUAAGCUCAAACGUGAUACAAAGGGGAAGUGCUGUUUGGCCUGAAAUCGACAACUUGCGAAUGACCCAGGAGAAUAUUUACAAGCUUGAUUCCUCGCAACCAUUACGGUUUGCAUACGCCUGCACGUACCUGAUUCUGGCACGUCGCACACUCCAACAUACGAGCGAAACUCAACCUGAAGGAAUGACCAACUCCAGGAUAACACAAGAGGAACCAACGCUCCCGUUAAUUCGGUUCGCGAUUAGCCAGUCGCUUCAACUCUUGAAUUUAUUUGUCUCCAUGUCGGAUUUGACCACUUAUAUCCAUCCUGCUUACGAGAAUGUGCUUUGUUCCUUUGCAAUGGUGACACUAGCUGAGUUUUUGGUCCAUUUAGAGGACGUGGGAAGUAUAAUUGUUCUCAUGGAACAGGCCGUCUCUCAUAUUCAAUGUGGAGGCAAAGCCGAGCCGGUGAGCCGGUGGUCUCUGAACAUCAUGAAGCAACAUGUCGCAGAUAGGAUUGAGCAAGAAGAUUGUGUGACUUCGACGGGAGAGAAUGGCACAGGGAUUUAUAUGCCGCAGUCAGUUCAAAAUGCUACUGAGCCCUGGGUUUGCAACGAAUGGGGCAUCGAGCAGGAGUUCCCAUCACUUGAAGACAUGUUCUUCGGUAAUGUGAUUUGA